GCUUCGUGGCCGAAUAAAUUUGGAAUUAGGGUUACGACCUUCCAUCCUCUUCUGCGCAAGUAGCUGUCCAGUUCCGGAGUUUCCCUAAGCGCAUAAUUUCAUCACUGCACCGCUUUCUCUCUUCUCCGGCAAGUGCAGCCAUGGAAGUAGAGGCCCAAGUUCCAGUUCCUGCUCCAGCUCCAGCUCCAGCUCCGGCGUCAGUUACUGGUCCCAUGGACGUCAAAUUGUUCAAUCGCUGGGUGUUCGAUGACAUUCAUAUCAACGACAUUUCCCUGUCCGAUUACAUCGGUGUCCAAGCGGCCAAGCACGCAACUUUCGUCCCCCACACAGCUGGGAGGUACUCGGCCAAGCGAUUCAGGAAGGCUCAGUGCCCGAUCAUUGAGAGGCUUACCAACUCUCUUAUGAUGCACGGGAGAAACAAUGGUAAGAAGCUGAUGGCUGUCAGGAUCGUGAAGCACGCCAUGGAGAUCAUCCAUCUCCUAACUGAUGCAAACCCAAUCCAAAUCAUCGUUGAUGCUGUGGUCAACAGCGGUCCUCGUGAAGAUGCAACUAGAAUCGGUUCGGCUGGUGUUGUGAGGCGUCAGGCCGUCGAUAUUUCUCCCCUCAGGCGUGUCAACCAGGCCCUGUACCUCCUGACCACUGGAGCUAGGGAGUCUGCUUUCCGUAACAUCAAGACUAUCGCUGAAUGCUUGGCCGAUGAACUCAUCAAUGCUGCAAAGGGAUCCUCGAACAGUGGAACGAUGUCUGCAACAGUUGGCGUACGUCCGGCAAGGGCGGCAGCUAGAAUGGGCAACAUCAGGGCGCUGGAGGUGAGGAAGCUGCAGAUCUGCAGAAUGUCAUUUCGAGGUCAUCGUGUGUGAAGAAGUUGCGAGAGUGACUGAAGUCUGAAGGCAGCUAACUAUAAGGAGCAGCUGACAUAAACAGGUGAUCAGUGGGAAAGGUGGUGGGCUACCGUCGACGAAUUCUCAAGUAUCCAAACUUCCCAGCUCCAGGAGAAGACCCCUCAAAGAUAAAUGGCAAAUACCCAGUUGCUACUUUGUACUUCUGCUGAACCUGAUGAGACAAAUGUGAGAGAGAAUCCAUCAGGUGGUAAUAACUCAGUUCCUCCAUGGAGAAAGGGAUCCAAAAAGCACUCUAACGGAUUUACUACUCUUGUAUUGCACACAUGAAUGCAUACCUCUAGAAUUUGUUGGCUGCUGCACAAGGAGUUCCUACCAAUAACACAAACAGUGCCACC